AUGACGGAUUGGAUUUAUGAUUACGCCAAAACACUACAGGAACGUACCAAGGAACUGAAUCAAGAAAAGCAAAUGACGGAGACAUUACUGUAUCAAAUGCUUCCAAAAUCCGUGGCCAAUCAGUUACGCCAGAAUAAGAAGGUUCCAGCAGAAUCUUUUGACAGUGUCAGUAUUUUCUUCUCCGAUAUUGUUGGCUUCACCACGCUAUCCGCUCAGAGCACGCCACUGCAAGUUGUGGAACUGCUCAAUCGCCUGUACUCUACGUUUGAUUCACGCAUAGACACAUAUGACGUCUAUAAGGUAGAAACGAUAGGAGACGCUUACAUGGUCGCCAGUGGAUUACCGAUACGUAAUGGAGACAGACAUGUGGAAGAACUGGCCACCAUGGCGCUAGAUUUGCUCACGGCUGUAAAACAGGUGCGCGUUCCUCACAAACCUGAAGAGACCCUCCAACUGCGGAUUGGGAUGCACACAGGUCCCUGCGUGGCUGGAGUGGUCGGACUGAAGAUGCCGAGGUAUUGCUUAUUUGGCGACACAGUCAACACGGCCUCCAGGAUGGAAUCAAAUGGACUUCCGUUGAGAAUUCACAUCAGUAAAGAGAUGAGAGACCGACUUGAACACACCAAAAAGUACAACAUCACAUCACGUGGACUGAUUGAGAUAAAGGGAAAAGGAUUACUGGAGACGUUCUGGUUGGAGGGGCGAGACGACAUGGGAAAAGCCAACGACAGUAUGGUGUGUAUGUUUAAACCGCGCAAAAAGAAACGACCCACCGGAUCAGGAUCACAAUCCUUCGUGUCGCUCGUCAGCGAAGGGGAGAAGGCCGAAGACAAAAAGACAUUGUCAUCUGCAUCUGGUGUUCUGCGCGAGGCAGACGAAGGAAAAGAGACCGUUUCAAAAAAUGAGGUUGAUAAGGGAGAGGAAAAUGCAGAACCGUUGCCCAAUGGUGCCAAGGUGGACAUUAAAAUCGUUGUGGAAGAAGACGGUGUGAUAGUGGAUAGUUCGCGUCUGUCGUCUUUAGGUAACAUAGCAGCUGAGGCUAAAUAUGACGUUGUUGAGCCUUUAACAAUGACGGCAACGGACGCCAACGCUGAUUGGCCGAAGGAUGUUGUUGUUCACAAUGUCUGUGAUAAUAGAUCUUCGGAUCAAGCCGCACUUGGACAUAUCACUGCACAGGAAUUGGCGCCUUCAGAAGGCCCAUCGGCUAUUGCUGUUCAUGAUAUCGUUGAUAACAGAUCGUCCGAUCAAGCCGCAUUUGGACAUAUCACUGCACAGAAAUUGGUGCCUUCAGAGGGCCCAUGGGCUAUUGCUGUUCACGAUAUCGUUAAUAACAGAUCGUCGGAGCAUGCCGCAUUUGGACAUAUCACUGCACAGGAAUUGGUGCCUUCGGAAGACCCAUCGGCUAUUGCUGUUCACGAUAACAUAUCGUUGGAUCAAGCCGCAUUUGGACAUAUCACUGCACAGGAAUUGGCGCCUUCAGAAGGCCCAUCGGCUAUUGCUGUUCACGAUAUUGUUAAUAACAGAUCGUCGGAUCAGGCCGCUUCGGUGUAA